UUACUAAAUUAUAAAGCAAGAUGUGUCAUUUUAGUUCAACUGUUACUUGAAACAUCCACGUGUGUUUUAUAUCAUAUUGAUAUUUUCUAGUUUUACUGGAUUUUCUCUUCCAUUUGACAGUUUAAGGAUGUGCGUGUGCGCAUCUUUUGUGUGUGAGAAAUACAUUUCUUUGUUGUGGAUAAUCAAUAAAAGCCGAAAGGAAUAAAAAGCCAGAGGAAAAAAAACACAUUAUAAAAAUCCAGAUAAGUAUGUAACGAUCUGGCGAUCAUGUGUGAUGUUGAUCAUGCCAUGAUAGCAGCACAUACUGCCUGCAGGCACUGUAAAUAACGUGUGUAUGACUUAUCAAUACUGCAUGUGUGCUUAGCUCAUACCACUAUAGCAGUGCUUUGUAUAAUAACUGAAACUAAAAAAGAAAAGGCCCUUCAAAAACACUUACUGUUAUAACCUAACGAAGUUACGCUCAGGAAGGGGUGCCGUAGAUAUAACGUACUGAUGGAGCAGAGUUUUGUUUAUGUACUAUGAUCCGUGGUGUUUGCAUUUGUCAGUGUUUGUGUGGGUAUACGUGGUCUAGGAUUUAAAUGAAAGGAUAUUUAUAACCUUAAACAUGGCGCCAGGUAGAAGGAGUAAUAUAGACAGAAGUUCGAUCAACCCGUGUUUAAAAUACUUCAUAUUCUUGUUCAAUUUUGUCGUGUUGAUCGUUGCCUUAGCUACUGUUGGUUUGACGUCUUGGAUCAUACAUGAAAAGGAUAAAAAGAUCAAUUCCGUUAUAGAUGUAAUUUUAGAUCCCAGCGUAGUGCUUCUUUUUGUGGGAUGUAUCGCCACCCUCAUUUCUUUUCUAGGGGCCAUGGGGUCCCUCCGGGAAAACCGAUGCAUGUUAACUUGGUACUCCCGUCUGGUAACAGUGUUUAUAUUCAUUCAGGUAGUAGGAGUGGUGUUUGUGUUUUUAUUUUACUAUGACAAUAGUAUACUCAUUAGUCUAAAAAUAUACCCAGAAGACCUCUUCAAGGACGCCAUCACAAACUAUAGAGACGAUGCCGACCAACAGGACUUCAUAGACGGCUGGCAGAAAGAGAUGGAUUGCUGUGGAUUUAGUGAUGAUGAUGCGGGAUACAAGGCCUGGUCAAACAACAUGUAUUAUAAUUGUUCACAGGACAAUAAGAGCGCCGAAAGAUGUGCUGUGCCCUGGUCGUGUUGUGUCCUUAAAGAUGGGGACAAGCUCAACUUACUUUGCGGAAGCGGGGCUUUAGAGAAAACGAGUACAGAGGUGUCUGAUCAGAUAUAUACCAGGGGCUGUUUAAAGGCCGUGAGGGAGUGGGUGGGGUCCAAUCUGUUUGUGUUUGGGUGUAUUAUCAUUGGGGUACUCGUCCCUCAGAUGAUUGCAGUUUGCUUUGCAAGAAACCUUAACGACCAAAUAUCAAUACAAUUAUCCAAAUGGCGGUGAUCUAGAUGAACAUUUUGUGCAAGAAACCUAGAAAGAGAUUUAUAAUUCCUGGUGGAUACUGUCAAUGUGAUACGAAUCAAAAGUCCCAGACAAUCUCGCUAUUGAGAUGAACUUUUUAUAUACAGCAACAGGUGUACAGGAUUUUACAUUAUUGUGUAUUAGUACAUUUUAAAAAACAAACAAACAUUACUAAGUACUAUUACUUUAUUUGCAUUUUUUUUUGCAUGUAAUAUACAAGCAAGUUAAAUUUACUAUUACAAUCAGUAUCUAAUGUUCAUGCGUAUAUUCAAUGUCCAUUAUAUACUUACUUGGCUUUAUAUACUAUAGUAUACCAGCAACAAAGAGGAAUGCAUGUAAAGCAUAUAAUAUAGAGUAACUUUUAUCUUUUUUUCUCUCCACAACUGUUUAAGUUUUUAGCUUGGACUGAGAUCUGAUGACCAUGAAGUAAAUGCCAUAACAUUUAACUGUCUGCGUUUACUGGUUGUAAUAAUGAAUAUGUAUUUACACUUUUUUUUUUUACACACGACGUGCAUCGUAAUGCUUCUAAAGAGACGCAUAAAAUGGUUUUAAAAAUCCAAAGAAAAAACGGAAAUUAACAAUACAAUGAAAUUUAUGAACUACUUGUUAUUAAAUGUUAUUUUCAUGUAAUACUGUUGUUUUUGAACGAAAAACGGUGUAAGUAUCCAUACAUAUAUUGAAAUGCCGUACCCUAUGUUAUUUGUAUGUAAAUCAGUGACAAUUUACACUUUUACACAACGCAUAUAAUGCAUAUCAUUUUGUAUAAAGUUAUAUUUAUUUUGUGAAUGAUUUUUGAAAAAUAAAAUUAUUGAUGAGCAUUUA